AUGGAGAAGUGUUGGGAGGAGACGACCAUCGACACCUGGAUUUCGAAACGCAUGUUUGACCGGGAGUUCAUUCUAAAGCGUCUGGACGACAGACUAAAACAGUAUCUUCCAUUCUCCCAAGAUAAUGAAGGCGUUAUCGAAAGGGUCUUCCAGUCCGAGUGCACUACGGGGCUUUUGACCGAGGCUGUAUUUAUUUCCCUUUUGCAGACCAAGUCGACACUACCCUGCUCUUCCGAGGGAAUUCAAGCUGGGAAGCUCAUAUGUGACAGCCUUUUGUACCUUGGUGAUAUACCAUUUCCAAGCAGUCCUGGCAAGGAAAGGGAUGUUCCGCGACCCGGUCUCUCUUUGAAGCAUCUCACACGUUCAUUAAUGUGGAUGCUUCCAGACUGUGUUGGAGGAGUCAUAAUUGAAGGCUCGCGGUCCCGUAUGCGAACAUAUGCAGACCGCUGCAGGCUGCUUUUCCAGAGUCUCGCUUCUGUAUCUCAUAAUAUGCCACAUGAUCCUGAGAGCGCACUCAAAUUGGCACAGCAAGGGGCAUUUGAGGUCGAAUACGAAUCGCAUUUGGACUUUUGCUCGAUGAAUCGCGACGAUGAUGGUGACGAGAUCUACCAUGACCUACUUGACGUUCUCUACUCUACACAAGAAGAGAAAGCCCCUUGGCUUGCAUGUGUCCAUAGAAAUUCAUUUCGUCCCCGAGCAAAGAUUAUGGCGAUUGAGAAUGAUCUGCCAAAAUUGUAUUCACUUGGCAUUCCCGCCAAUAAUUUUUUUACUUUGGUCAAAGUUCUUCUGGCUUUGCAGUUUUCAUCUGAGGUCAAAGCGAAUGUGAACCAAUUUGAUGCGGCCGCAAGAUCUAUCUGUGCUACCUUCUGUGACUUUAAGGAGGCGGAAAUUAUUACGUGGCCAGGUUUCUAUCGUGGACUAAAAGACACCAUGCCGUAUCUCUUCGAUCCUAUAUAUAGUCUGCUUUUCGAGUCAUUUUUGGAGAAGACCAGCUCAUUUUGGGUAAUGACUGGCCUUGAAUGUCCCAAUUCAUUUGGAGAGAUCCUCACACUGCCCCGUGCGAGCCAGCUAUCAGCUUUUCUCAGCGGUUGCCUAGCCUUCGACUAUUUGAGGUGUCUUGAAUAUUAUACCCCUUCGAGUUUACCAAGUCCAAACGUGUUAAUCGAGGCAGUUGAAACAUCUCCCGAUGACAGUCGAGUUCUUCUCUUACUAUCUGGAACAACCAGAUCAGGAGAACCAUAUGUUUUCGGUGUUUUUAGCCCCAAACCAAAGGUCGACGGGGCUAGCAUAGUGACGAAUAUUGUCCCUAGUGCAGUGGGACUGGAGCCUUGUUCCAUUUUUCAGCUAGCUCCAGUUCAGGAUAUCUUUAGGGGGAUACCAGACAAGCCUGGAUGGAAAGUGGACAACGAGACGGUUACGUUUGGACAAAAUGGGGGUGUGAUGAUGACAUUCACAGAUAGGUUGCGCUGCGUUGAAAUCAUACAUGUUUCUGAAGAGGGUGGUGAAGGAGUAUACAGAUCAAAUAAGUUGAGGGGCAAUUGGACAGUCGAGCUUGAAAUGUCGCGGAUAGAAAUUUGGAGGGAGAUGGAAGAUAACGACGAGGAUGAUCUUAAAAGUUGA